GGUGUAGCGCCAGUUUUAGUCCUAAAUACUAUCCACUUCUGUCUGUAAGAUCACUUCAGUUGCUGACCGAGUACGUAUCAACUACAUCAAACUCAAUAUCUUACAAUUUGUACUGCUUCUAAAGAAUGAAAGGUGGUUUCCAGCCAUUACUCAAUAUUUCACGUUCGUAUGAUCCCAUUGUAAUUCGGAAUCCAAAUAAAAUGUCUCGAAUAAGACGACUUGGAUUUCUAGCCUUGUUUAUGCUUCCAAUGGUCGGUGCACUUGGAAUAGCCACAACCUUCAAACAUCACUCGAAGGAGUACAAGGGUCCAGAAAUAGUGAAAUAAUGUAGUGUUUAUCAGUCAUUAUUUUAUAUAGUUUAGAAGAGACUAGUGUUUAUUCGUUCGCUUAUAUGGUAAAAUAAUCUUAAAUUGUGAUGGGAAUUCGCGCUGAACUUCUUUCAUUAGUGUCCUACGUGGUUCACUAAAUUUGAUAAUCGAAAGAUAAGUUCUCCGGACAGCAUUCUUCCGGUAUGCAUUUAAGAGUAGGAUAUUAAUAUUUAGUGGUUUGUCGCAGGUAUAAAGUCCCUGUAUGUUUAAUAGGAGAUAGACGCGUUAGCCAUUUUCACGAGAGUUUAAUGUUUUCGAGAUUUCAUUUUAUGCCGCGUGGUCAUUUAUUGACAAGUCAUUAAUGUAGCUUAAAUUCGGUUCUUCAUCUUAAAUUGUUUUAGUCUCCAAGUGAAUUUCUUUUGGCAUCUAGAGGAUGCUUGUCCAGACUUAUGAAUCGUGCAUAGUUUGUCAGUUUCAUAUGAGUGACUGAAUAGUUUUUUCCAUUUCUAGCGGGAGACGGUGUAUAAACGAGUCUGUGAUAACUACUAACGUUGCAAACAAGAAUGGGCUCCAUUAUGAAAUUACUUUCAGUCACCAUUUUUGAUUAUACUAGUCCAAAAAAGGUAGCCACUACAUAAAGCUAUUUCCGUUUGUUAAAUCAAAAUCUUUAUGCUUAAGAAACUCCGUAAACACCCAGACAUCGUCUGACACGGCAACUCCCAAAACCAGUUUCGAAAUGCUCUCACAAGACCACAGUAUACAGCUUAUGCCAAGGAAGUCCUACUCACUGCCUUCUCGUGGCGGGGGUGUUGUUUACGAAAUUGAGAGGACGAAAAGCGAAUGUCCGGCGCUUUAACCGGGUUGGUCUAUGUGGAGGAUCCACCUAGGGGAGUUGGAAAACCCUGAUUCCAAACCAAUGGUGCACAUGGCUCCAGUAUCCUGAAGGAACAAAUGGCGUACGAAUCAAUCAUUGAUCACCGGCUACUAUGGGACUGCAUCUCCUCACGAUGCUCCACUGCCUUGUGGACUAGACCUUUAGGUUAAAGGCUCCGGGUGUGACCCCCUAAGAGAACCACUUGCUUCAGUCUGGGCAGUAUCACAGCCCUCACACAAAUCAAAUGAGAUUUGUGAGGCGCAUAUUUAUCUGGUGCUUCUUUGUACCAAUAUUUGUGUUUAAAUAAAUAAAUAAAACCAGUUUAGACAUGAACUCAAAGAACAACUCCUAUCAUCUGUCGUUGGACUGGGUCAAUACAGAAUUCUCGUUCUGUUGCGUGCUUGUCUGUCAUACUGGAUGCAAAACAGCCACAACAGAAACGUUACUUAGAGUUCAGCUUAAUAGUGACAAUGUUAGCCAAUCAUUAAAGUGAUAUUCACCCCUAUAUAUUUUGAGAUAAUGUCCAAAAAACAGAGGUAUAUAUUAAUGACGAAACUAAAAGCUUCAGAAACACUAAUUUAGGUGGCAUCUACUGAAGUAGUAAGUGCUCGGGGACUUACCCAGUCAGUCUUCGAACACAAGGAGCAAAGUCAACGUAAGUGGAGGUUAACACGGAGUCUACGUAGCAUAACCUGCUUGUUGUAAGAAAGAUACAGUAAACUUCUGUUCAAUCAACGAGAUAACCGUCUUAAUCCUGAAUUCCCAAGCAUUAGUCCAUUAAAACAUUUUGAAAGGUUAAAUGGCCAUUUUGGACAUUUAGAGGUAAUAAAAAAAUUUAUUUGCUUUCAUUCAGUGACAUCAAAUUUUCAGAGCCCACUAAUUUGUGGCGUCAGAUGUUUUCCUUAAUAGCUUUUAUCGUAAAAGUACUAAGAUCUGAUUGGGGUAUACUUUGGAAUUGUUAGUGGUUAAGAUCACUAUGUCGGCAUUCGGAACUAGGCUGUGUCGUUUUAUGGUUUGUCUGUUCCGUCAUGAAAAUCAAACAUGCGGGGAUAAAGCCUUUUUUCAGACUUAAACAUAGUGUUAUAUGUUGAAACAAUCUAGUACAGACCACUCGGUCAACAGUAUACGUACAAAAUAGUUGUUCUUGUAAGAACAAAGAAACGUGGAACUAUAUACAAAAUACAUCUUCCUUCCACGCAAUUGGUAAUUCACCAGUAGUCUUUUUCUUUAGAUAGAAAGUACUUACACCUGGAAGCGUGAUCAUUUAAAUCAACUUUUGUACCUUAUUCGUUUAUCUACCAUAGUAUAAAAACUACAUUACUGAAUUCUUAGUCACUUAUUUGUCUGGUGCUGUCUUAAUUAAAAUGGACAACUAUAGCAGAUCGCAGAUAUACGUAAAUGUCCUUUAAAAUGUUCAGCUUAUGAAUAUCGAGUUAUAACGAGAUACAGUUGCCGAACUUUUGAACAAAUGGAUCUCAAAAUCCCUCAAUAAAACGUCCUACUUAGCUAAGCUCUGUAUUGCUUCUUCAAGCCGGUCUACCAUUCAUGGAUGUGCUAGGGAUAAACUUCUGACUUAUGCCAUAUUGAUGUGCAUCCAUAAAUUUAGUUGCUUCUGUCGGGUAGGUUACAUUGACCACAAAGCGACCACUUUUCAAACGCAUUUCGGGACACUCCCCGGGGCGACUUUUAAAAAGGAUGCAAAUCAGUUCAAUAUAUGAACAUCUGACCAACGUAGGGCAAGUUGCUCCACAAGAGUCUUCCUUCACAAUAAUAUACACAACCUGAGUUCAACUCGAAAACAUGCGCUGGAGACUUCCGUUAAUCUCUAAGUUCUGCGUGCAAAAGCGAGACGUCCAAACUCUCAUCUUUCAUUUGUGUUAGUACCCUUUUGCAGGAUGUUUUUAUUAGUUUUAUAACUUUGAACCGUAAUCAUUUAUUACUGUUCUUUGAGAAUUAUCAUUCACUCAGUUUUCAUGGCAUUUAUACAUCUCAUUUUUUCUUCAUAACUCGAGAAUCUAACCCGUUAAUUACUUCCGUCCUUCUAUUCUUCUAUAACCCCCGGGGUUAUUUUGCAUCCUCUCGUAUCACUUUAUGAUACAACCCUUUUUAUCCUUUUAUAAACUUAUUUCCCAUACAACUAUAAAUACUAAUGUACAACCUGAGUAAAUAAUUUCGUCGUACAGAAAAUUCCUUCGGUAAAUCUUCUUU